AUGAAUUCCUCGCGCGACAUAUUUGAGGAAACCAUGGCCAAGUACUGCCCCGAUUGGGAUUACCCAGACUUGCAUUCAAUUCUGCCUGAAAUGGACCUGGACUUGAAAACUGGUAUACUUACCGUUUAUCCGUCCCUACCAACGGUGUCCGGGACCCGCAAAGACGAGAGCCUGACAAUGGUCCAGCUACCACAUUUACCAAAGAUUGACUUUUUCUUUUUCUUUUGUGUUAGAAGUGUAAUGCUAUCAAUCAGGGUUGUUCUUCAAAACAAGAAGUUGAUGGGUAGUCAGGCAAAAUCAUCCUCCUGCCAAUGUCCUCCUAGAGUUCAACCCCCUAUCUUUCCGAUAGAUACGGCCAGAGCACUGGAAGAAGACGCGUGUGUGUGUCAAAAAACACAACAAAAUUCUGUGACCAAACACGAGCCAGAUGCCCCGCAGUUGGAAUUGCUGCCGGUCUUUGACGUCCAGAUAAACCUUCAGCCGACGGAAGAGCCGCUGGCAAACAAACACGAUCCAGAUGCCUCGCCGUCGGAAUCUCCGUCGAUCGUUAAGGUUGAGGGUGAUGAUAACCAAGGGUUGAAACCAGAGAUGUAA